AGUAGUUUUCACCCCCUUGCUGACAGUAUGACAUUUGAACCAAGAAUUCAAGGGAAUGAAACCAAAACCAAACCAAACCCGUUGCCGUCAAGUUGAUUCCGACUCAUAGUGACCCUAUAGGACAGAGUAGAACUGCCCCAUAGUUUCCAAGGUGAGCCUGACAGAUUUGAACUGCCGACCAUUUGGUUAGCAGCCGUAGCACUUAACCACUACGCCACCAGGGUUUCGUCAAGGGAAUGAGGGAGUGAGAAUUACAGAGAUUUGGCAGACCCUUCCAGGCAGAGGGAACAGAAAGUACAAAGGACCAAAGAUGGAAGUGCCUGUGGUGUGUUCAAGAAGCAGAAAACAGGCCAAAGGGUUGGAGCAGAGUCAGUGAGGGGAAAAGUGGAAGGAAGUACGGUCUGUGAGGUGAGGGUUAGUGGUGCAGAUCUCCGGGGACUUUUGUAGUCCCUGGUAGGUGCUUUUAAUUUUACUCUGAGUGAAAAGGGAAGUCAGUGGAAGCUUUUAAGUGGAAGAGUAACGUAACCUUUUAUAAGAAUGAGACUGGCUGCUGGGAUGGACUACAAACCCCGGAGGUAUCAAGGACAGAAGCAUGGAGAUCAGUUAGGACAUUACUCUAAAUAGUCUGAGCAAGAGAUGGAGGUGGCUGGGACCGAGGACGUAGCAGUAGAGGUGAGGAGACUCUAAAUAGUCUGAGCAAGAGAUGUUGGUGGCUGGGACCGAGGACGUAGCAGUAGAGGUGAGAAGUCAUCAGAUUCUGGAUGUGAUGCAUAACACUUAUUAAACAAAUGUAUCGCUCAAGUUUAGUUUCCUUCAGCAAGGAGGAAUUUGGUGGGCAAUGGGUUGGUACAGAAGAAUAGACCUGGGUCCUAGUCCCAGCUCUAGACCUCAGUUUCUCCAGUCACAAAAUGAGAAAAAGACCUAGUUACCACGAGGAUAGAAAACUCUGGUGGCGUAGUGGUUAAGUGCUACAGCUGCUAACCAAAGGGUCGGCAGAUCAAAUCCACCAGGCGCUCCUUGGAAACUCUGUGGGACAGUUCUACUCUGUCCUAUCGGGUCGCUAUGAGUCAGAAUUGACUCGACGGCACUGGGUUUAUCAUGAGGAUAAGGUAAGAGUAACUGGAGUCAAGGUUCUUUGAAGAAUUCUCCCCUUGCCACUGUUUAUGUAUAAAGCACAUAGUCUUCCCCUCUCUUCUUCAGGUCAAUUGAUUUCCAACACACUCCCCACAUGCUAUUUCAAAAACGCCCAAACCUCCCUUAACGAGAAAAGGUAGGGGAGAAAAUGGCAAACUGGAGAGAAAUGUUUCUGUGGCUGCUAGUUUCUUUUUUUUCUUUCAGAGCUUUGUUUACAAGUGGCUGGAACAACACUGAAAAGAAGGUAUACAACAUUCCUGGCAUUUCUCCCGACAUGAUGAAGCUAAUUAUUGAAUAUGCAUACACCCGGACCGUCCCUAUCACACCAGACAACGUGGAGAAGCUGCUGGCUGCUGCAGACCAAUUUAACAUCAUGGGUAUUGUCAGGGGUUGCUGUGAGUUCCUCAAGUCAGAGCUGUGUUUGGAUAACUGUAUCGGCAUCUGCAAGUUCACAGACUACUACUACUGCCCUGAGCUGAGGCAGAAGGCCUACAUGUUCAUACUGCACAACUUCGAGGAGAUGGUGAAAGUCUCAGCAGAAUUCUUAGAGCUCUCAGUCACUGAACUUAAGGAUAUCAUUGAGAAAGACGAGCUCAACGUCAAACAGGAAGAUGCUGUGUUUGAGGCCAUUUUAAAGUGGAUUUCUCAUGACCCCCAAAAUAGGAAGCAGCAUAUUUCAGUUUUGCUUCCCAAGGUUCGCCUGGCUCUAAUGCAUGCUGAGUACUUCAUGAACAAUGUUAAGAUGAACGACUAUGUGAAAGACAGUGAGGAAUGCAAGCCAGUCAUCAUUAAUGCCCUAAAGGCCAUGUAUGACCUAAACAUGAAUGGACCCUCUAAUUCUGACUUCACCAACCCACUCACCAGGCCUCGCCUGCCCUAUGCCAUCCUAUUUGCAAUUGGUGGCUGGAGUGGUGGGAGCCCCACCAAUGCCAUUGAGGCAUAUGAUGCUCGGGCAGACAGAUGGGUGAACGUCACUUGUGAGGAAGAGAGUCCUCGUGCCUACCACGGGGCAGCCUAUUUGAAAGGCUACGUUUAUAUCAUUGGGGGGUUCGAUAGUGUAGACUACUUCAAUAGCGUUAAGCGUUUUGACCCAGUCAAGAAAACUUGGCACCAGGUAGCCCCAAUGCACUCUAGACGCUGCUAUGUCAGUGUGACUGUCCUCAGCAAUUUUAUUUAUGCCAUGGGAGGAUUUGAUGGCUAUGUGCGUCUCAAUACUGCUGAACGCUAUGAGCCAGAGACCAAUCAAUGGACACUCAUUGCCCCCAUGCACGAACAGAGGAGUGAUGCAAGUGCCACAACGCUGUAUGGAAAGGUCUACAUAUGUGGUGGGUUUAAUGGGAACGAAUGCCUGUUUACAGCAGAAGUGUACAACAGUGAGAGUAAUCAGUGGACAGUCAUAGCGCCCAUGAGGAGCAGGAGGAGUGGCAUAGGUGUAAUUGCUUAUGGAGAACACGUAUAUGCUGUAGGCGGUUUUGAUGGAGCCAAUCGACUCAGGAGUGCAGAAGCCUACAGCCCAGUGGCUAAUACUUGGCGCACGAUUCCCACUAUGUUUAAUCCUCGUAGCAAUUUUGGCAUUGAGGUGGUGGACGACCUCUUGUUUGUGGUGGGUGGCUUUAAUGGCUUUACUACCACCUUUAAUGUUGAGUGCUACGAUGAGAAGACUGAUGAGUGGUAUGAUGCUCAUGACAUGAGCAUAUACCGCAGUGCUCUGAGCUGCUGUGUGGUACCAGGGCUGGCCAAUGUUGGGGAAUAUGCAGCUAGACGGGACAACUUCACAGGAUUAGCACUGCGAGAUGAAGUAAAGUAUUCCGCUUCGACAAGUACCCUACCUGUAUGAGCCUCUUCAUUUAGCUAAUAAAAAGUCUAAGCAAUAAGAAUUAAUUCUUUUUUUAAAUAAAUGCAGUGUUUAAAUUUGUAAGAGUACUAAAAAGUGUUCAACUUAAGGGAGUCAGGAUUGGAUGAACGAGGGAACAGGAGGAAAGGAAGAAGGCACUUAUAGUUAACAGUGUAUAAUUAAAAAGGAAAAAAAAAUACAGUACAAACCAGCUCUAAAGAAAUAUGUUUAUUUAAAACUUACAUUGAAAUGAUUAGUAGCUUUAACAUAGAACAAGAGAGCUUUAGGAACAUAAAGCAAGCUGUUUUACAAUGUAACGUCUCAGGCUGUCCCAAAUACUGCACCUCCUCUGACUCCAGGGAGAGAGACAAGAUAACACUUUCAGUAGAGGAGAAGCCUGGAUACUGCUAGGCCAAGAACUCACCGUAUUAACUCAGACAAAGUACUUAUUUUACAAAUAGCUCAGUGAGUCCUAGCACAUGGAUCAUAAGAUCUCUGAACAGCUAGCAAGCACUACUUUUCACCAGUGCAUUUCGAGGCGGGUUAACAAGUGCUCUAUUGUAUGUGCUUCACUGUAAGACACUGGUCGUAAUGAUCAUAUAGAGUAAGACAGAAGCCCACAAAGGUAGUCAACAAAGAGCAGGAAUUUGGCUAAUUAACUUCCUUGAAGCAAAAUGACUACUAUAUUAUGUUAGUUACUAUAUCACAUGACUUGACCAUGAGCUGUUUUGUUUUCAAUGACCAAACAGUAUAAUGUAAGCACUGUAACAAAAACGGACUUUUUCUCAAGAAAGUAAACUGGAGUGAUGUGACAAAAUGUAUGUCAAAAAAAGAGACUAAAUUGUUUCUCAAAUAUUCUCCAGUUAAAUGGCAACCUGUAAGCACCUUAUUUUUCUAGUGUAAGCAGAGAACUUACUUCACAAUUCUGUAUAUUUUCAAAGACAUGAAAUACGGUCAAUCUAUCCUUUUAUGUAAGCUUCAUUUGAGGAAAGUACAAAAAGUCCCUUUAGAUUAGACCAAGUAAUUAAAAUGUACAAUUCAGCUUACUCCUACCUACAGUGUAGUGUUGUUAUUAGAACUGUGAAGCAGAGAAUGAAGUAUUUUAAACAUAUCACAUGCUAUGCUAUUUAGUCGAGAGAGAAACACAAAGGGGAAAAAAGUGACCUAGAAGCUACUUUACCAGCAGCCUGAAAGGUUUAAAAAAAAAAAAAAACCCACACAUCUUCAUUUACACUAUCUUUU